AUGAGUUAGCUUGUCAUUUAUAAGUUCUUUUAACUUUUCAAUUUAUUGAAGCUUCAUUAUAAUAUAGUGUGUAAUUGAUAAUAUUAAAUUCAAAUUAUUUUGUAAUUUUUAAAUAAAUAAUUUUCUAAAUCAAUUUUUGAUUCAAUGGAUUAAUAUAGAACNUAUCUUGGGAUGUUGGUGGUGCAGAUAAAAUAAGAAUAAUUUGGAAACCUUACUAUUAGAAUGGCAAAGGAUUAAUUUAUGUUAUAGAUUGUUCAGAUAGAGAAAGAAUGGCAGAAGUAAUAGGAGAGUUAUAUAAAUUGAUGCUAGAUCCUAUAUUAAAUGGUUUACCUUUAUUAAUAUAUGCAAAUAAAUAAGACUUAAUGAAAUUGAACUCUGAAGAACUAGCAUCUGAAAUAAUGAUGGAGAAAAUUUCUAAAAAUUGUUAUAUUUAACCUUGUUGUGCAAUUACAGGAGAAGGUUUAGAAGAUGGACUCAAAUGGAUGUAAUUAUAGAUAAAAUGAAAUAUAUAGAAUUGCUUAUUAUAUAAAAUAAAACUAAUUAAAACUUAUUCUUAUAUCUUUAGCUUUUCUUUUAAGAAAGUCUUAAAGAUAGAAGAAAAUCAACCCACAACAAUUUGA